CAAAAUUUGAAUUUCAAAAUAUAUAUUUUUUGUCAAAAAAAAUAUACUUUUAAACGUAACAUAUAACUAAUUCAAAACAAAUUUGAACCACUCCAGAUACUGGCAAUUUUUUAAAGUGUCUAUUUAAAGAAACAAUCUAAUUGUAUAGCGAGCAAUUGUGGAAUAUAACCCCAAGGCGGUAAAGUGAAAAUUUUCCAUCAAUAACUACUCUUUCUCAUCGCCAUCAGCCCAUCACCACAAGGUCCACGGCUGCCUGACCUUCCCCACCGACGACGUCUCAUCAACCAAAAAUGGAGUUGAGUAAAGAGCUUUACGUUGCAGGAGUAUCGUUAGGAGUGAUAAUAGUGUUAAUUACAUGGAGAAUUCUGGAUUUGUUGUGGUUCAAACCAAAGAAAAUCGAAAAUUUCUUAAGAGCUCAAGGCCUGAAAGGAAACUCCUAUAGAUUCCUCUUCGGAGACUUGAAAGAGAUGACACAGAUGACACGACAAGCCAAAUCUAAACCCAUCGAUUUCAAAGAUGAUAUCGUGCCUCGGGCUUUGCCCUUCGUUCAUAAAUUUGUUGUUGCUUAUGGUAAGAUUUGCUUUGCAUGGAUGGGACGAAAACCUAUGGUGUAUGUGACGGAACCUGCCAUGGUAAAAGAGAUGUUGGCUAAUUACUAUGAAUUUCAGAAAUCAAGAGGAGGUAAUCCAUUAGUACGCAAGCUAAUGAAAGGGGUCAUUGAUGCUGAAGGUGAUCAAUGGGCCAAACACAGAAAGAUUAUCAAUCCGGCAUUCCACAUGGAGAAGCUCAGGCAUAUGGUACCUGCAUUCUAUAUAUGUUGCAAUGAACUCGUAAACAAAUGGGAAAAAAUGCUCUCCAAUGAAAGCAUGUGCGAAAUUGAUGUCUGGCCUUAUCUCCAGACACUGUCUAAUGAUGCAAUUUCACGUACAGCUUUCGUUAGUAGUUUUGAAGAAGGAAGAAAAAUAUUUGAACUUCAACAUGAAAUGCUCGAAUUGAUUAUAAAGUAUGUACAAACAGCUUACAUUCCAGGAUCAAGCUUUCUGCCAACAAAACUCAACAAAAGGUUGAAUGAGAUUAACCAAAAAGUCAAAGCUUCAAUAAAAGGUAUUAUUGAUAGACGACUUGUUACAAUAAAAGCUAGGGAAAGUAGUAACGACGACCUUCUAGAAAUUCUUUUGAAAUCCAAUAAUGAAGAAAUUGAACAAGAAGGGAAAAGAAACUCCGGGCUAAGUAUCGAAGAAAUUAUAGAAGAAUGCAAACUCUUUUAUGUUGCUGGACAAGAGACUACAAGAAAUUUGUUGGUUUGGACUAUGGCUCUAUUAGGUCAACACAUUAACUGGCAAGAACGUGCUAGGGAUGAAAUUUUACAUAUUUUUAAGGACAAAAAACCAGAUUUUGAGGGGUUAAGUCGUCUAAAAGUAGUUAACAUGAUUUUCAACGAAGUCCUUAGGCUAUAUCCACCGGUGACCUCAUUAGGACGUAUGGUUCAUAAAGAAACCAAAUUAGGAGACAUAACAGUGCCAUCUGGAACUCUCCUCCAUGUGAGUACUAUACUUUUACACCAUGAUCGUGAUAUAUGGGGUGAUGAUGUGAAGGAGUUCAAUCCUGAAAGAUUUUCUGAAGGUGUGUUAAAAGUGACAAAGGGACAAACAUGUUACCUCCCAUUUGGAGGAGGUCCACGUAUAUGUGUUGGACAAAAUUUUGCUAUGUUGGAAGCAAAAAUGGUGCUUGCAAUGAUUUUACAACGCUUCUUUUUUGAGAUCUCUCCAUCAUACUCACACGCACCACAUCUUGUUGGCACCCUUCAGCCUCAAUUUGGUGCUCACUUGAUUUUACGCAAACUUUAAUUAGUUUUAAAGGGAUGUACUUUAAUUUAUGUUAUGUGGUGUUGGCUUUAUUAUAUGAUGUGCACUCCUUAUGCUACUCGGAUUAUCAAAAAAUAUAAUAUGUUCAUGCUUGAUAUAUGUAUUGUUUUAGUAUUUGUUGUAAAAAAUUAUCUCAUUACUCUACACUUUUGAACAAUAUGAAAACUCAAAAGUUGUAACCGAAACAAUCAAAUA